CGAGAUGCAAAGCCUACAUACAGAAUGUCUAGACACCAUGGACUUUAGGCACCGACAAUAUGAUAUGAGGAGACCUCAUGUCAUUAUAAAAGGGAGGCAAGAGACUGCGAUCUCUAGCCUCCAAUCGAUCAGUCUCAGAUAACAAAGCAUCUAACAACUCAUACACACCCGUUCUCAACAUCACCAACACAUUCUACUCAAUUCUAAACCAUCAUCACAAAAAUGCAGUUCACCACCUUCCUCGCCGCUGCCGCCACCCUCGCUUUCGGCGCCAAAGCCAACGCCGUUCCCCGUGACGGUGCCCGUCUCGCCCAGUUCCGCGUCUUCGGCGCUGAAGGUUGCAGCGAGCUGAACCAGGGAUUCUACACCGUCGACGCGUCCGACGCCAACGCUUGCAAGACCUUCGAUGGCGUGCCCUCUCCCCCCGGUGUUAAGUCCGUCGUCUUGGAGGCCAUGAACAGCCCUGCCGCCGACAGCUGCAGCUUCUACGUCUUUACCAACAACAUCUGCACCUCCGGCACCACACGUCUCGAGACCAGCACUUGCAGCGACGUCCCCCCGCCCAACGCUAACUGGGCCUCGUGGAAGAUCAUCUGCUCUGCUGUCUAAUUCCGUUCAUCGAUAUAAAGGCUAGAGAGCGAUCUGGAGAAUAUCCGCCCUGUAGAUAUGGGAGGAUUGACGUGGCUACCUAAUGAAGGAGAGCAGUGCCUUGGCA